GCAGACUACAGACAGCUGUUUUGUGUUAUGAAGUGUACACACACCAUUUUGUUCAAUUGAAUUACCUUCAGGAACCGUACAAAGAAACAAAUGGAUCAAAAUAACGAGUUCAGUUUAGGUGAAGAUCUUCCACAAUUCCAAGAUUUUUCUAGUAACAUGGAAUUCCUUGAAAUACCGAACUUUGAUACAGCUUUUGAACAGAGUCCAAUAUACACUGCUAACAUUUUGAACCACAAUACACCUCAAGCAACAACUACAUAUAUUGCUAGAAUCGACCAUAACAACAAAGAGGCAGGGUUUAUACAUCACAAAAUUAGUUCAGAUGAAAUAGAAAUGCGUAUAGCUGUAGGAAAUUCUUCGGCAAUGCCAGAGUUUCCGUCACAUGCGACCAUUACUGUUGAAACUACUGAUCCGAUGACUAUGCAAAAACAAGUAAAGAAAUUUCAGUGUGAAUACAACGGAUGUGAACGCAGAUACACUACUGUAGGAAAUCUUAGAACUCACAUGAAAACUCAUAAAGGAGAAUACAAGUUUAAGUGCGCACAGCCAAAUUGUGGGAAAGCCUUUCUGACGUCCUAUAGCCUGAAGAUUCAUGUUCGAGUUCACACCAAAGUGAAACCUUUCAACUGUAGCCAUGAUGGCUGUGAAAAGGCCUUCAAUACACUUUACAGACUGAGAGCCCAUCAAAGACUGCACAAUGGAGACACGUUCAACUGUAUUUUCAGCGGCUGCGGAAAGUACUUCACGACCCACAGUGAUCUCAAGAAACACAUUCGAACACACACACAGGAGCGACCUUACAAGUGUGGAGAGAAUGGUUGUGGCAAAGCAUUCACAGCUUCCCAUCAUCUAAAGACUCACAUCCGUACACACACGGGUCAGCGACCAAUGGUCUGUCCACACAACGGCUGCAGACGAACCUUCAUGGACAAACAGGGCUUGUUGAAACACUGCGCGACUCACGGUAACCUUGCGGACCUUGUCACAGUGGCAGAAGCUGAGGAUUGUUCUGAUGUUGAAGAUAAUCCUUCUGACAUAGAAGAUGUUACGGAAGACCCUUUAUCCAGUUCAACAGGGGAUAUUUCUUCAUAUUUGGCCUCUUCGGUGUCAUCGGAUGCAAAUCAAGAAAACGUUUGUAAAUCUUCCCAGAUAAUAUCUGAAAGUGGUUUUGAACCAAUCAUGUUUGAAAUCAACGGUGAUGGUGAGAUAGAAGUACAGGGUAUUACGAAAGCUAAUAACAAUGAACCGACAACAAAUCUAUCCAUUCUGCCAAACGUUGGCUUUGAAAACAGUCAUGUGAAGAAAGGGAAGGAAUUAAUCACACUGAACCUCAUCAGUGAGGUUGCUAACAAGGAUUCACAAACUGGUAGCUCAUUACCAGCAACGUUUGUCACAAACACUGCUCCAGAGGCACCCUCUCUGAAUCAUUCGGCUGGAAACAUAUCACCCGAUGUAGACCCAGAGACAAUAAUCAUGGAACUUGGAAAGCAAUCUGAAUGGGAAGACAUUUCUUCAGUAGGUGAAAUCGUCAUUAGUCCUCAAUUAGAUAUACUGGAGUUGCAGUGGAAUGAAAUAAUGAGGAAAGGCAAACCAAAUCAACCUGAAGAAUCGACAACAACUGAAGACGUUCCUGGUACAAACCAUAAGUCUGACUCGUCUUUCAGUAAAGACACAAACAGAAACCCCGCAGAAAAUAGCUCUGCAGCAAACGAAGAUAUUACAGAGCUAUGGAGAAACAUGGAGAAUAACAAUUUGGUUUUGGAGGAUGCUGUGGGGUUGUUAAGCUCUGAGGAAACACUUGAACAAACUGAAUACACAAUCCCUUCAGGGAGUAAUAGAGAUUCGACCAACACGCCUCAAGCUUCAGCAAGUUCCAGUGGGAGUUGUGGAUCAGCUGAUGACAAGUGUGAGUGUACUAAAGAAGGUAAAAAGGUUCAAAACUGCUGUGUUACUGUUUGCUUGAAGACUAUGAACCAACUGAGGAAAGUUCUAGAACAAGGCUGUUGUAAAGGGAGUGCAAUAGGGAAACAAUCUCUGGCGGCUAUAGCCCUCCAGUUGGCCUCCACUACGAAUUGCUGUUCAGGACACUAAAAGGUUGGUUGUUAUCAGAUAAUAUUUUAUUUUAUGUUCAUAGUUCCUUUAAAGGCUGAUUUUAUUUUUAAAUAGUUUAUUUAUUUAAAAAUUCUACCAAAAAUAAUAGUUAAACUUUUGAAAUUGUUUAAAAAUAAUUGUUAAGCAUUACAUAUAGAUAAAAUAAUUUUUAUUUAGUUUUUCCCGAUGUAUACAAUUUUCUAGAAUUAUAGCGGGAGGAAAAAUGAUAAACUGUUAGAAUUGACAAAAACCAAAGCUAAUAAUUUACAUUAUAAGCGGGUACAGCUGAAACUAUUUGUUACAAUUUACUUUUUAGGAAAAGACGAUUUUAAAUAUUUGACACAAUUCUUGUCACUUGAAGUUACCAUGAAUUUUACUUUACUAUCGGUUGUCUUUGGCAUUCAACAAUAAAAUGUUAAACCCAUUUUAUUCUAGUCACAAGUCAAUUAUUCUGUCGAAGCAUUUCACAGGGAUUUUAGUUUUAAUUAGGUUUAGUUUUUUUUUUUUUUUUUU